GCAUAUGGCCCGUGCGCGCCGCCGAGAGGAAGCGCCGCUUUGUGCGAGCAGGAGGCGCUGCAGCUGGCGGAAGAGGAGGUCGCCCAGUCCAGUGUCUCCCGCGGAUGCACAGGAGCUGACAGGGAAGAGAGGACGAGCGAGAAGGGGGGGGAGGAAGACGGUCUCGGUGUAACGGAGGGUUUUUGCAAUGGCUGCGAAGUCGGACGGGGUGUUGAAAAUGAAAAAGAGCGACGUGGCGUUUACUCCUUUGCAAAACUCGGAUCACUCGGGCUCCGUACAGGGACUGGCUCCCGGAUCGCAGCCGGACUCCGGCACGGGAGAGGGGGACUUUAUGAACGGGGAGUCGCGCUGCUGCGGCUCCUCCUCGACGUGUCUUCGUCUCAAUAGAGAGCAGAAAAAGUACACGGUUUGGGACUGCCUCUGGAUCAUCGCAGCCGUGGCGGUAUAUUUCGCGGAUGUGGGAACGGACGUCUGGCUUUCGGUCGACUAUUAUCUCCGCGGAGACUACUGGUGGUUCGGGCUCACAUUGUUUUUCGUCGUGCUCGGCUCCUUUUCAGUUCAGGUGUUCAGUUUCCGAUGGUUCGUCCACGAUUUCAGCACCGAGGACAGCACCGGCGCUGGUGCGCCCGCCGGUUGCUCGCAGAUGGACGGCAAGCUGAUCAGCGGAUCUGCGUCGCACGGAGAUAUGGGCGGCCAGCCGUCCACCCCUCAGAGGCAGGCGUCCUCUGCGAGCAAGAGCAACACCACAACCAACAGCUGCAACAGCAGCACCGCAACCCGGACUAACAAGGGAAGGUCAACGUCCUGCUCUUUCUGCAUUUGGCUUGUGCAGUCAAUCAUUCACAUCCUGCAGCUCGGCCAAAUCUGGAGGUACCUCCAUACCAUCUACCUGGGCGUGCAGAGCCGCCGCGGGCCCGAGCACGAGCGCUGGCUCUUCCACUGGAAGAUGGUGUAUGAGUACGCCGACGUCAGCAUGCUCCAUCUGCUGGCCACCUUCCUGGAGAGCGCCCCCCAGCUGGUCCUCCAGCUCUGCAUCAUCAUCCAGACCCACAAACUGCAGGCGAUUCAAGGCAUGACGGCAGCCGCCUCCCUGGUGUCCCUGGCCUGGGCCCUGGCUUCUUACCAGAAGGCCCUGAGGGACUCCCGGGAAGACAAGCGGCCCAUGAGCUACCUGGCUGUGGUCAUCCAGUUCUGCUGGCACUUCUUCACCAUCGCGGCGCGCGUCAUCACCUUCGCCCUCUUCGCCUCCGUGUUCCAGCUUUACUUCGGCGUCUUCAUCGUGCUGCACUGGUGCAUCAUGACCUUCUGGAUCGUCCACUGCGAGACCGAGUUCUGCGUCACCAAGUGGGAGGAGAUCGUCUUCGACAUGGUAGUGGGCAUUGUCUACAUCUUCAGCUGGUUCAAUGUUAAGGAGGGCCACACCCGCUGCCGCCUGUUUGUCUACUACUUGGUAGUGCUGGCGGAGAACAUGGCACUGAGCACGCUCUGGUACCUCUACCGGGUGCCGGCCAGCACCGACGCCUUCGCCGUGCCCGCUCUCUGCGUUGUGUUCAGCAGCUUCCUCACCGGCGUGCUCUUCAUGCUCAUGUACUACGCUUUCUUUCACCCCAAUGGGCCGCGGUUCGGCCGCUCGGUCAGCUGCACGCUGGACGACCCCAGCACUCCUUUCGUUUUGCCACAAGAGGGCGCCACCAACUCGCUGCGGUCCAACCGCGGGGGGGGUGCCAGCACUGGCGGCACGAUUGAGAGGGACCCCAGGCACUCGGAGAGGGACGGCGGCAUCGUCCCCGUGUUCCAGGUGAGGCCCGUGGUGCCGUCCACCCCCUCGUCCCGUGCCCCGCGGGUCGACGAGCCGGUCAUCCGCAUCGACCUGUGCCGGAACCGGUACCCGGCCUGGGAGCAGCACGUGCUGGACCGCGGCAUCCGCCGUGCCGUGUUGUCUCUCGAGGGCUCGCCUGUGCCGCCGCGGCUGCAGUACAAGGACGACGCACUGGUGCACGAACGGCUGGAGUACGAGACCACGCUGUAGGUGGUGACAGCACGCUGUCCCUCUGCUGGAGCACGUCACAGGGCUCCGUCACCUGGCCUGAACAGCGGGACUGUGGCAAUAACGUACCAACCGCCACGUCGUCGGGGACAGAAAACGCGCCACACCCCGAACUUGUCAGUUUAAGGACCUUUCCGGCGUAUUUUUUUAAACAGCAAUUUCUUUCUAUCUUCUGAUUUUUGUUUGGUACUUUUUUUAUGUCUGUCAGGGAAUUCCCCCCCCCUUUUUUUUAGCCAAGAUGCUCACCUCUC